AACUCACCUGAACCUCACAUAAGUAAGGAACCUGUUGGGGGUUUGCACUGUCUAAGCAGCACUUUGAAGGAUGAUACGCGGUGUUAUUCUCGUCGCGGCGUGUCUGGCGGCGGUGGCUGCUCUGCCCAUUGAACUAAUUGAGAACAGAAUGGCGUAUGUAAUGGAUAACAUGACGGCCAUUUGGAGAGAGAUAGCGGAGAUUCGCCAGGAUAUCAACCUCCACCUCCACGGCGGCCACCAGGAACAAAACCACGAUAAGAUCGUAAAGGAGGUAGAAAUGCUCCUCCAUGAGCACGAAACGCACCAUCUUCACCAUCAGCACCAAGGACACGAGGAUCACCAUAACGAGGAGUUGCUACAACACUUAGAAGACACUCACGGACACGGGCAUGAGGACGACCAUCACGACGACCAUCUCCAUCACAAGCAUCACGACCACCAUGAGCACCAUCACCAUGACCACCACGAUGACCACGACCACCCCUUUGGGGACCCCCCACCAUGA